UUAUUAGGGUAGGGCUAACCUCACCACCAUUUCGACAGGACGCCAGUUGUCAGAGCUCAUAUUUCUGCAUCGAUAAGAAAGCCACCAUAGGGUUUUCUUAAUUUCAGAUUUUUUUUCUAAAAUGGGUACAACAAAGAUGGUUUCUUUGUUAAAUCAUUCUUUGAAUGUGACUACAAAAGAUGGCCGAACCUUUGUAGGUCAAUUAUUAGCUUUUGACGGCCAUAUGAAUUUGGUUUUAAGUGACUGUCUGGAAUAUCGUCACAUCCGUAAACAGAAUAAUCCUUCAAAUUCAGUAUACGAGGAGAAGCGCAUGCUAGGUCUUGUUAUUUUACGCGGUGAAUUUAUUGUCUCACUCUCUGUUCAAGGUCCACCCCCCAUGGAUCCAUCAAUGAGAGGUGGUUUGCUUAAUGGUCCUGGUGUUGCUCGUCCUGCGGGUCGAGGAAUACCUCUUGGACAGGCUCCUGUUGGUUUGGCUGGCCCCAUUCGUGGAAUUGGUUUCAGCGCCCCUCCUCCUCCAGCUGGUUUUGGACGAGGUGCUCCUCCUCCAGGUUUCCGUCCUGUAUAGACUAUUGCGACGGGUACACGCAGGUAUAAUGUAUACUAGUAGCCAUCACUCGAGCUAUUUUUCGUGAAUUUUUCCGCCCGUAAUGCUUUGACCGAUUAAUUUUUUUUCUGUUAUAAAAUAACAUAAAUGUUGUGUACUCUUACAUGCCAGACACAACACGAAGCCCCAUAUCCUAUAGAUGAUCAACAUUGUAUUCUAAAUGUUAUACUUAAAGGAAAAGAAGAUGCUCAUCUCUAAAUUUAUUUCAUUGACAUGGUUUAAAGAAAAAGUUGAAGAAGGUUUUAGCGAUCAGUUUAGACCCUUUACUUUAAGCUUCAUUCACGGUCUCGUUCAUGUUAGGAAAUUUACGUUUAACGCAAAUAUCAUUAAUUAUUACUUGAAUAGAACUUCCUAAAAACGAAUUUUUGCUAUAUACAAUAGGUAA